AAUUUAGGCAGCAACUUUUGAAAUUUUGGUAGCAACUUUUUGGAUUUUUGGCAAUUUUUUAGCAACUUUUUGGCAUUCCAGUGAGCAACUUUCCAGCAUUUUACGAGCACAAUCGGGACAGGCCUAGUCGAUUCUGCAGUAGUCCUCAAGAGUGAUUGUUAAAUGGAAGAACUGAAAUUGUUCAGUGCUGUGAAACAAAUGAAAUACUUUAUGAGCUACCGAUAUUUUAUUUAUUUUAUUUUUUUGACUGACAAGCUAACCCCAGCCUGCGUCACCGACAGUCUUCAACGCCAGACUUUAUGAAAGAUUUUGUGACAGGUUCGGCUUCUCCGCAGGCUUCCUCAUGUUUCGUGACUUAGCGGGGAUACCGUGACCCCUGAAAGAGUCGCGUGACUUCACCUUAACUGUGCUGGAAGGCGGAUUCGUCUACUGAAAAUGUUGUUUGUUCGCGUUUCCUUUGUUAUCCUGGCGGCAGUAAACGCAUUUUGCUACGCAUCAAACGACUGGUAUGUUUCUCAAGUAUCGGGGACGAAAUCUACGAAAUGCAAUUCUCCUCAGUUCCCCUGCAAGUCUUUGGCUGAUGUGUUGUAUCUGGUAGCCUGGGGUGACAAGAUCCACCUCGAUGGAACAAACACCAAACAUAACCCAUACGCAUGCACGGUUAUGACGCCCCUAUAUUCGGGCACUCGUUUGAAUAUAAGCCUAUCUCUCAUUGGUCGAAAUGGUCCCGCGCACUUGUUCUGCCCGAGCGGUAUUUUCUUCGUUGGAAAAUACGCCGAAGUGUCUUUUCAAGACUUGACGUUUUACUCCACCCCUAUGUCGUUCUACUACGGCUCCACUACCAUACUGAGGAGCGUGUUUACGAACACAUCCGAGGCGGAAAUUAAAAGGUCAAGUGCAGACGCGACAGAAGGAAUUCUGAAGUUUCACUCAAUGGCAAAUUUGACAAUAUCGGAAAGCUUUUUUAAAGGGAACGCCAAAAUCUGGUUCAACAGGGGGUACUUUGUCUCUUUGACGAACAGUCGCUUCUAUGACAAUGUCGGAAUGGCCGCCACGAUUUUCCCUUCAUCCCAGGCAACAAUUAUAGUGAACAACUGCACGUUCAUAAACAACUGGGGUGGACUGGAAGUCAGCCAAAUCAAGAGGACUUCUCUCUAUCUGACAAACAGCCUAUUUUCUCAAAACUCUCAUAGAUGCUCCCUGACUUUAGAGCUUGACUCAUCUUCCACAGCCUUAUUAGAAAACAUUACAGUUGAAAAAAACACGAUACCAAAUGCAAAUCAAAGAAAGGCUUCCGUUGUGUAUAUCUCGCUGUCUUCAGGGGGAAACAAUAAGGUACAAAUUCACAAUGCUUCUUUUAAACACAACACCAACGUUAAAGAUGGAGUGGGCGCCAUCAUCAUCGACAAUGACCCGGACCUGAUGACGUCAACGGGCUGCAAAACCGAUAUAUACAACACCAGCGUUGAUGCACAUCCCGCUUACAGCUACACGAAUCAAAUUAUCUUCAGAAGCUCUGUUUUUGAACAAAACGGUGGGCAAAACACUGGAGCGGUGUUGGUAUUUAACGGCCUCGCGAUAUUUCAAAACUGUUCUUUUGUCGAUAACUUUGCCUUUUUUCGAGCGGGUCACAUGACUAUAGGUGCAGGAUCCGGUGCCGCGGAAAUUUACAACUGCACCUUUCGCCAAGCAAAAAGGUUUCCUUAUAGUGAUAAAAAUCCCUCGUUCUUGUACAGCAGCAGUUCAGGGCCAUUGGUUGUCAAAGACACACUCAUGGAUUUUAUUCCUCUGAGCAAUCCGCUUCUUGUGGAGAUAGUCAACGGAGGAAAUGUGACCUUUGAUAACAGCUCUUCCAUGCUCUGUCCCGCUGGAAGUAGACUAUGGUUUGAUAACUAUUCCCACGGAAUCUCAACAACAUUACCCUCGGAAUUUGUGAACAAAAGUUGUGCUCUAUAUGUCAAGGUGUACAGUAUAUAUUGUGAACCCUGCCCGGUGUGGUUUUACAGCUUACAGCGAGGACAAGCUAACGGUACGCGAGUGAAAGAUGAUUUCAAAUGUCUUCCGUGUCCCUACGGAGGAAACUGCUCGGAAAAUAUUGUGAAUCUUGAUCAUUUCUGGGGCUCAGUGGUAAAACAAAACCCUCCAACACUAGAAUUCUUCGACUGUCCCCUCGACUACUGCCAAACCCCUGAAGAUCCCGUGUCAUCAAUCUACGAUGGUUGCCAUGGACACCGCUCGGGUGUUCUUUGCGGAGCAUGCGCAGAGGGAUACAGUGAAACUUUGUUCUCCAGCUCAUGCAGGCGCAACGAAGACUGCAAUGACGUGUGGCUUUGGCCAGCGGUAAUUAUUUACUCCCUGGCCGUCGCCAUUUUCUUUGUAACCAAGCCUCCUAUCGUUCCUUUCUUGGUGGAACAUAUCUUUUGGUUUAGGAAGUCCACAAGCGAAGAAGAUAAGUCAAGCGAGAAGAGUCCGGACAAAACGAAGAAAGACAACGGUAAUAGCACGUGCGAGUCAGGAUAUCUAGACGUGAUAUUUUACUUUUAUCAGGUUGUGGGACUUCUUGUUACCAGCACGACUGGGCAGACGAUACAAGCUCACUUUUUCGUUCCCUUUCUGACCGGCAUAUUUAACUUCCGUUUUCACUCAUCCUCAAGCGGACUAGGCUGUCCAUUCCCCGGGAUAUCGGUCGCUACCAAAGAGCUUUUUGCCACAUGUGAAGUUUUCUCCGUGGUGUUUUGCGUGUUUCUGAUCUACGGCGCUCGACAGGUCUGGGCCAAAGUGCGCAAUACCGAUCAGCCAUCUCUUGCGCCUCAUCUAUCCGCGGCAACAGAAGUUGUUCUACUUGGAUACGCGUCCCUAGCAACCAGCGCGUUCAAGCUCCUAACAUUAAAACGCAUGAGUCCUGGAAAAGAGAUUCACUUGUUCUUUGAUGGCAACAUUGUGUUUGUCACGUGGUGGCAAUAUAUUCUACUUGGCUGCGUUAUCGUUUACGUCAUACCCUUUGUUGCCCUUCUGUUCUGGGGAGCGAGUUGGCUGAACGAAAAACGCAUAACCGCCCGAGAAUUUCUCAUAGCUUGUGCUGUUCCUCUCCCCUUUCUGCUGUAUUGGGCCAUCCGGAGAAACAAACGCACCUGUCUCUACCGCGAAAGACAGCAACAGACUGAAGAGCGCGUUGCCGUCAUGGAAGUUCUUUACGGGCCUUUUCGACCACCAGACGAGGAACAGAAAGGCGCGCUCCACUGGGAAAGCGUUUUGAUCGGCCGUCGCUUGAUCCUCAUCAUUUUGUUCGCUUUUAUCAACAUGGCAAGCCUUCGCCUAUUGCUGUCGACAGUAGUUUGUGUCUUAAUCUCCGUUCACCACAUCCUGUGCAAUCCUUAUAAGAAUAACACUGUAAACAGAUUGGAAACGGUGUCGCUGUUGAUAAUCGUGAUGUUUGGCCUGUUCAACACUGUUCACGCCACCUUUAUAACUGCAGGAGUGCGCUUCUGGGGCCCAAUCGAAACAUACAUUCGCGCAUUGGCCUGGAUCCAAUUAUGUCUACUACUGCUGCUACCGCUCGCUUUAAUUAUCGCCGUCAUUUUCGCCGUGUUGUCUCAAGUCGUUCGCGCUUUCUUCGAGGCAGGGGUGAUUCUCCACAAGUGUUGCUCUCAAGUUAAAAAGCAGAAGAGUUCUUCGGUGAUUUCCAGGAGAAAAUCUUUCCGUGAUGCCAAAAAAGAUUCACUGUUUUCUGAUGCCGAAUUAAUCACCGAGGCAGGCUUUGCGUGUGAAUUGGCCGAUGCAAGUUUGUCUCGCAACGACGGAAUCUUUCAUGACAAUAUUAUUAAGGCCGACGAAGAAACACAAGAGGAACAGUGACAUUGCCCUGCAGUUAGCCAAGACAACGAAGCGUGUAGCAUGUAGCACUAGAGAAUCCUAGCAGUUUCGCUUGCUGUGUAGUUCACGUGCGAUAAAAAUUAACAGACGCGAGAAACACUCCUCGAACGUCACCUUCCCCUGACAUUUUCGUGGUAAAUUAAAGUAAGCAGCCUAUGAGAAUGAACAACCCAGUAAUCUGAUUGAAAAUCGAAUUCUCCCUGGACCAUUGAAAGGAAAUGAAUAAUUAUCAGAAAGGAGAAUUUUGAUGUUGACCUUGUGACUAGACUUAGGAGUAAGAAAUAUAGUUCUUCCCACUUGAUCUUUUUAGAAAACGAAGGCCUUAACUAUUGAGAUGAGGCGUCGACAUAACCGCUAGUGCUGGUAGUGAAGUGAUCAAAGUCUUAUUUCAUGGCGCUGUGAAGCAUUUUAUAUUUUGGGACAAGCUUGAUUGUGAUUUGUGAAUGCCUGUUUACGUCCUUAUCAUCAUAGCAAAAGUACGACCGGUUUUCCAGUCCGCUUGUUUUAAUUACAAAACGGACUUCGAUUGUGGCUUGCACGAAUGUGAGUUUUAAUAGUUCUCUGAUCUAACACUCAUCAUUCCAUUGUAGUUGUAUGCCGUUUAAUUAUGUACAUCUACAUGAAGUUCCCGCGCUUGGCAUCUUUGUUUGCUUUGGGUUCGAGUCAUGGUGUUCGUGACCUUCUACGCUGACGAUCCUUUGGACUCGCUGGUCGUCCGUGGGGGAGGAACCGUACGCGUAAAAGCGUCUUAGUCAACCUAAUUCCCAGGGUCUCUUUCCUUUGCCUCCAGGUAAGGGAGGCAAAGGAGAGAGCCUACAAACGAGGUUGCGUCUUAGCAACCGGCUAUGUUGUUUGAUAUGCAUGUUUUUAGUUCAGCUUCGUGGAAACCAUAUCUUUAAGAACAAGAAUACCAGGCGGUUACAGACAAUUUAAUUUUUAUUCUUAAGCAACAGCAUUGCAUUGUAACUACAUUUCUAUUUAAAAAAAAUAAAUAACAGAUGGAGAAAAUCAAAAACAAACAAAAGCUGUUAGUUGUUAGCAUUGUCAUUGUAGAUCUUGCACUGAUAAUUUAGAAUGGCGCUAUCGUUUGAGAACCGCAGAGUAAAUACUUCAUCAAUUUUAUUCAACCUAAUAAAACGAACCUUUAAAUGAAACAGCUGUGUAGCCAAGUAACAUAUACAGUACCAUAACUUAAACCCUGGUCAUUCCAGAUUUGUUUUACAUGUAACAGUGAUUUCAGUCGAACCUCUCCUUGCAGACACCUCUUUUUUACGGGCACUUCAAUUGGUCCCAGAGUAACCAGAAUUCAUGUAAUCUCUAGUCUAUAUCACGGAUGCCUCCAUAAUUUGGACACUCGGCAGUGACCCCUUGGUAUCUGUACAAAAGAGGUUCGACUGUAUUAUUUCCCUUUCCCGUCCGGAAAGGAAAAUAUUUGGCUCUCAGAUAUUUUGCACGGCCAUUCCUGUCGUCCAAAGGCACGUCAUAACAUUAAGCAAAAUAUUUCCUUGCCCGGACCUCCCAAUCACGUAGCAAAUACAUCUAUAUAUUAUUUUCGAGAAUGGCAAGAUAAUUAAUGAUUCAAACCACGUCUCAACUGGCCGAUAUAAAUACAAUCAACAUCCCUUCCUUUACAGUUUAAAAUAUGUUUUACGCAUAGCAACAUGAAUUACGCGAUACGAAAACCUGACCCCGUGGCAAGGAAAAAACCAGUCAAACCAGUGUAUGUGACCGGGUUUUCUGAUCACCACUGAUACACAAACAAGAUUAACCGCUAGUUGGCUCAGAUUCAAACCGGUUUUCCACGUUUUACGGAAACUCAGGAGAUGAUCAUUUGAAAUGUUAACGUUUCCCUAAUAAGGCACGAAACAAACCUUUUUAGUUAAUGGCGAUGUUUUCAUUUGAAACUGAAAUUUUAAAAGACUGCGGGUAGAGAACGUUUUUACAGCGUCACAUUCGUCAUCUAUAACUAAGGCAACUAGCAACUUUAGCUUCAAAAAAGAACGCAUUUCCUACAGAAGAGAAAUUUCCGCUUUAUGGACGCCGAAAUGUCAUAAUUUAUAUAAAUUUACGCUCUGUGUUGAAAUAAACGAUUGCUCAUUUUGUUUUUUCUCUUUGGGUCCGUCUCUUCCCAAUCUCUUCUUGCUUUUUAGCCCUAGCCCCGUAUUCCUUCGGUGAUUUCCGUAGGAAAACACUGAGACUGGUUCAUUUACCCAGUACUGUAGCCCGUGCAAUAAACAUACAACGAAGCGCGUUUUGGCUUACGUGAUUUUUCCCGCGCUUUUCACCGAUUUGUAAGUUUGUACUUGGACUUCUGAUUGGCUCAAUUCGUUUUCUACCAUUGUAUAGUGACUAGCUAAUUUAAUAAUUUGGCUUUAGAUUUACAGUCAUUGUAAAUCGCUUUAAUCCUAAUCUAAAAAUACUCGUUAUCUGCCGCUUGAUGUAUGAUUUAUACAACCUCUGAUAAGUUCAUUUAACUUCGCAUUUGUGACGAGUAUGUUAAGAAGGUCUAAUAAUUUUUCUUGUAGCUUGACAUGUAGUCUAUCUGGUGAUCUUGGAGUGAACGUCCAUCUAAAGGAUAACACAUUUCAGUU